AUGCCGCGGGCCGGGUGGACCUGUCUUCUUUGUGCUUCAACAUUGACCCAAGCUGCUCUCCCCGCACCGCCUCGUCUGCAGCAUGCCGACGGCCUGCUGCGCUGCAGCCGGCAGAUCUACGCCGAGACGCACCUCGUGCCGUUCCAGGAGAACGAGUUUGUCUUCGUCAACUGGUUCUCCUCCGGCCUCUGGGCAGCCCGCGCCUUUGCCCGGCCCCUCCAGCCCUGGCAGCGCGGCGCCAUGCGGCAGGUCCGCCUCGAGGUGCUGGGCCGCGACUUCUCCGGCGCCGGCCUCAGGGAGUGGACGGCCCUGUGCGACGGUUGGGCCGACGGCCUGCGCGGCUUGCGGCUCAAGAUCCUAGUCGGCGGCGGGCCCGUCGAGCCUGCCGUCGUGUCGACGCGGCGGAACGACGAGAGCGCGGAGCUGCAGAUUGCCGACGUCUUUCGCGACCCGGAGCCGAGGCCGGCGUGGAUCGAAGAGGGGCUACGGCGGCUGCGGGGCCUGCGGGCUUUGGAGGUUGAGCUGUCAACGUUGGAUUGGGAUAACGACCGGAAGCGUGCGUGGUGUGCUUCGCUGGGGCGGAUGCUCAAUGCCGAGAGGGAGAAGACGGGGCUUGGACCGGUCAGUGUUGCGUGUGUCAGGAGGCUUUCGGCGCCAAGGGAACCGGCUGUUGCGAAGGAGGCCGUGAGAGAGGUCCUUGUGCCGAAGGUGUCUGAUUGA